UUUCGGGGCAACGCUGCCAUGCGUUCCGGGGGCCGCGGGCGGCCCCGGCUCCGGCUCGGGGAACAUGGCCUUUUAGAGCCACCUUCUCCACCUAAGCGCCGCCUGCUGCCGCGCGCGCAGCUGGUGCCCCUGCUGCUGCUGGCGCUGGCCGUGGGCUCCGCGCUGUACCUCAUCUGUCUAGGCUGGCAUCGAGGAAAUGAGGAGCUGUCGCGGGGCCGGGAGGCACGGAUCCCAGUGGUUGGAAGCCUUCCUGAAGCCAGGCUGCGGAGGGUGGUGGGGCAGCUGGACCCGCAGCGUCUUUGGGGAAAUUUUCUGCGUCCCCUGCUGAUUGUGCGAACGCCCGGUAGCCCUGGCAAUCUUCAAGUCAGAAAGUUCCUGGAGGCCACACUACGAGCCCUGACAGCAGGCUGGCACGUGGAACUAGAUCCCUUCACAGCCUCGACGCCCCUGGGGCCACUGGACUUUGGAAAUGUGGUGGCCACUCUUGAUCCCGGGGCUGCCCAUCACCUUACACUCGCCUGCCAUUAUGACUCGAAGCUCUUCCCUCCUGGGUCAGCCCCCUUUGUGGGGGCCACGGAUUCAGCUGUGCCCUGUGCCUUGCUACUGGAGCUGGCUCAGGCCCUUGAUCUGAUGCUGAGCAGGGCGAAGCAGCAGGCAGCCCCUGUGACCCUGCAGCUGCUCUUCUUGGAUGGGGAAGAGGCACUGAAGGAGUGGGGGCCCAAGGACUCCCUUUAUGGGUCCCGGCAUCUGGCCCAGCUUAUGGCAUCCACGCCACACAGUCCUGGUCCCACUAGGAUCCAAGCUAUCGAGCUCUUUGUGCUUCUUGAUCUUCUUGGAGCUCCCAGUCCCACCUUCUACAGUCACUUCCCCAGAACAAUCCGCUGGUUCCAUCGGCUGAGGAACAUUGAGAAGCGCCUGCAUCGGCUGAACCUCCUGCAGUCCCACCCACAGGAGGUGACAUACUUCCAGCCUGGGGAGCCCCCUGGCUCUGUGGAAGACGACCACAUCCCCUUCCUCCGCAGAGGGGUCCCUGUGCUCCACCUCAUCGCCACGCCAUUCCCUACUGUCUGGCACACGCCUUGGGAUACAGAGGCCAAUCUCCACCCUCCCACUGUGCACAACCUAAGCCGAAUCCUUGCUGUGUUCCUGGCUGAGUACCUAGGGCUCUAGCCUGUAGGCCAGUGCCCUCGAGGACCUUACUCUGAAGGGGACAGCAGGGGACAUGCCAAGAACACCUGGAGCCAGUGCAGGAAGCACAGCAGGCCCUAUCUCAGGUGCGCUGGCUCAUCCUUUCCUAUACCUUUUAGCCCCUUCAUAUGCCACGGUUGGUGACUAUCUCAAACUGCCCUCAAGGACACAGAAGGGACCACUGAGGGGUGACAGCUGAAGAAUAGAGCUCGGCCCCUGCUCUGAGGUAAACACCUGGUCUAGCCGUUUCCAGGGGCCACAUGCUGUAUUUUUAGUCAACCAGCAAGGGUCUGGUACGUGGAUCAGCAUCACCCCACCCUGCAGUGCGUUCUCCUGCAGAAUGGCAGUCUCAGCUCCACACACAUCCAGACCUGACUCCCGGGUGGGGCCCACAGCAGAGGGGCUCAGCAUUGGGGACAAAGGAGAUGGAAGGUCAGGUUCGGCCUGAUCCUGUGGGCAAGUCACCAGUGUUUUAAGGGAAUCAGAGGUUAAAGUAGCGGUGUGAAAUAUUAAAUAUCAUUGCACAAUGUGACGUUUCCAGAGUAAGGCAGAGAAUGGUACUCAAUGCCUUUCACCACGGAACCCCUUAUUGGGAGGCACCUCAUAGAACUAGGGGACCUCAGAAGAUACUUCGGGAAACACUGGGUUUGGCCUAUUUGAGGCUAUUUAUGGUAGAAAAGUGUCAGCAGACUUAGGUUCAUUGCAAAGUGGUGACAUCAAACCAUCCCUUCCUUUUUGGUGCAGUGCUGGGUGUGGAACCCAGGGGCCUGGUAAAUGCUACUGCUCUGCUAGUGAGCUACAUCUCAGCUUUUUUUGUGUGUGUGAAACUGGGGGUUUGAACUCAGUGCUUUAUGCUUGGAGCUCCAGUCCAUUUAGCUCUGGUUAUCUUGGAGAUGAGGUCUGGAACUAUUUGCCCAGGCUGGCCUUGAACGGCAGUCCUGAUCUCAGUUUCUCAAGUAAUUAGGAUGACAGGACCUGGGUUUUGUUUUUUACAUUUAAGUUUUUGCAGUACUGGGGUUUGAACUUAUUUUUGAGACAGAAUCUCACUGCUACCUUUGCC